GGCUGGUGUUCACUGCUGUCUGCUUCCAAUUUCCUUCUUCUCUUGCCCUUUUCUUUUAUGACCUCUCUGCUCUCCCACUCUGAUUCCUGGGGCACCUCUGGCCCACAAGCUCCUGCUUUUGUUCUCCCACCAAUGGCAAAAUUACCGCAUUGCUUUCGCUGCAGGAGCAGGAUGCGCCUCCGAGCCAGCCCAUGGGGGCCGUGUCGAGGAGCGCGGGUGGGACAUGUGAUCUUUGGACGUUGCGAUAAUCGAAUGGGAUUGGCAUGGGGCACCAAGGGUGUCUGUUUCCAGGCCACAAUCUUGAAGGGGAUGGACAUGUCAACAUCCUGAAGCGAGGUUCAAGGAACUGACGGAUUCUCCCGGUCACUCCCCUGGGAGCGGCAGCGAAGCGAGCGCGUCGACGGACUGAGAGCCACUAUAAGAAGGCCAACUGGUCCUGCCCCAGAAUUUCUGGCGCCUCUCAGAUUUUCCCACUACACACUCUCCUGUUGAUCCGCAUUCCUGACCUCCUUCCAGUUUCCCGAUCAUCUCCGCAACCAAAGUCCACCCUCCUGGAAUAUGCCACCUCCUGCCCCGUUCAAUCCUACACUUUAUGCAAAUUUCAAACCAUGGGCGCCCCCUCAUCCCAAAUCCCUCAAUUCACACGCUCUGGUGGCCAGCUGUUCCCUUCCCUCCAAAUCCUGCCAUGAUUCCCCCCGCAACACUCCCCGCAACACUCUACCACCCCCCAAGCAUCAUCUCCCUGCAAGACCACCAGCUGAAGUCUGCAUGUCAUUCAGCACCAACACCAAGCCAUAUACACCAUCAGCCUCCCAAUCCCAAGCACGAGGGUCGAUACCGCCACCCAGUAUGCCAUCUUCAGAGAGCCCUGAGCGUGGACCCUCAUAUCCGCAUGAUCCGCUACAGGUCAUCCCAAAUUCACCUCGAAUUGUCGCCUGCAACACCCAAGAUCCCACUACUCCUCCGGAUGAGCUACCUCCGCUUGAGGAAGGCGCCACAGGGCCUGGUCCAUCCUCGCCCAGUACAACUAGCUCAGACGGCAGCCUGGAGGGAUUCCCUAGCCUCCCAGUUCUUCAGAACGACAACCACAUUCCCAUAGACCCGGCUAUCCUUGCCAAUGGCAGGCCCUGGGAGGCCAGUGAGCUUCUCCCAUCUUUCUGGCAAGGCAACAGCCCUGCAAUCCCAGAGGCACACUGUCCAUAUCCUGAACCUCCCCUGUCUAGGUUCUGCCGUGCGCCCGACUAUCACCAAGGCUGUAUGGAGGAGUUUGAUGGCUGGAAUGAGAAUGCUCCAAAGGAUAAACACCCUCACAUCCAGGCUUGUCCACAACUGCACCCCUCCCACCUCAGCACUGAGACCGAUGCACCCUGCUCCAGCGGUGUGGGUGAAGGCUCUAGCAGCAAACAGUCGAGGAGUUUCAAGCGAGGAGCAGAGGGAUUGGAAGAACAGACCACAAAGCAGCCUCGAAUUGCUUCUACAUUACCUACCCAUUCCUUCAUCACCGUUCGUUCCCAUUUCCUAUCUUUACAGCUCGAUGAACGCCUGCAGUUCCUUUCUUGGCUGUUUGAAGGUGCUUUGGCAAGCUGCACAACUGAAUUCAAUGAGGGUGCGAAGUCAGCUGCUUGCUUGGAUGACCAUGGGGAGAUUGGGCCAACUCGGCAUGGGCACAGCAAGAGGAGGAAAGGCCAUGGAGGCAAGCUGUCGCAAUGGUCCCCCGAGGAUGAUGCACGACUUCUGAGCAUGAUAGAGGACCGCCAGCCCUGGCCGGAGAUAGCAAGGUGUUUUCUGGAGAGGACGGAAUCUGCCCUGCGCCAGCGGCUAUUUACACUUCGAAAACGAAGAAACAGGAGCGGGUUAGAUCCCGCUGAAUCUGCCACCAACACGCCAGCAUUACCGGUUGUGAUAUGAUAUAUGUCAACGCGGCAGACGCCCGGCUUGAUGGGCUUCCCGAUGUCUCUGUGGCUUCCUCGCCGCGGCCAGAUACUGAGGCUGUUGCUGCCAGUGCUGCUGACAGUCCCGCCCAUACUUCCCAGAAGCAACCACCAACCAGCCCAUGACCGCCAAGGUACCCCAGGGUUGAAGUGGUGAUUCCCACCCAUUGCCACGCUCGCGAUCCGCCAACUCCUGAUGUCCCAGACGACCAGGGCUCCAUCCAGCGGGGGUCAACCUCGGUAUAUGAUCGGGAACGCCAUGGCAGUGCGGAUGCAGAUCAUGAGUUGUCAGCGCCUGCAAAGCAGCAAAGAGUGUCACUGCAGCCAUCCACACGCCAUGAUUACCACCAGUCUACAGUGUCCGCAGCGAGCCCACUAACAGAAAGCCACCGAUGCUGCCGAACAUGCCCGUGCACAUGACAACAACAUUGGACAAACCGGGCCCGAUGAUCUGAGGCGGACAACGAAUGAGGCGCCGGAACAGGCCCUGGGAGGUGAUCCAGCAGAGGUUCCGAAGUAGAAAUAGAUCAAUCAAUAUGGUUUUCUGCCAAGCCUUUCUGUGUUUACACAAUGUAACCUCGCAAUAUUCAACUAGGGCCAUGAAAUAGUUGAAUAGACAAGAUUCUGCUUCUCAAUCCUUCCAUCUGUGAUUCUGGGACUUGUUCGCGAACCAAGCUGGGUGAAUGAGCGCUGGAUGUUGCGAAACGGUGACAAAUGCCCUAGGCUUACAUUUUUUUGUUAGCAUUUAUCAACAUGCCGCUGUGCACGCUGAUUCUAGUGAUCGCUGACAGACGUAGGUUAGCAAACUCGGUUAUACUACUGCUGCUCAGUGACCCGUGAAAUCUUCAAAAUACAACAAGUCACCAUUCUAGAGCGGACCGUAUUCCUAAGUAAGUACGCAGCUGCCCAUCGACUUCAGCUCACGGACAGAGGGUCCUCAUCAGUUGUGAUUUGUCCCUGGCUUCCACUUCCAAGACCCGCCAGCAACC